AUGCACAAGUGUAUAGUGUGCGGUAAUAGAUCUAAUAACACCAGUCACCAAUGUCAAUCGUCAAGGAGUUAUUUAUCAUGGAAUUCCCAUGAAUGCAUACAUGAGAAGGAAAUGGCUUCAAAAAAAAACUAUAAGCCAUCAAAAAAGCCAUUUUUAUUUUCAAAUGCUGUUCCCCAACCUUAUGAACGAAAUGGUUUUCCUUCUAAUUAUGCUAGUCAAAUGAAUGAUGUCGAAACUGGAAAUAAAGUAACUUUACCAUUGGAACAAAAUAUUAUAAAAGAGAAACAUAUUGGAAAUGCUGUUGUAAAUAAUUUUAAAUCACCAAGACGGUCAUCUGGACUUACUAGAAACAAAGAGGAUAUGAGUAAUAAAAAUAUGCUGAUUGCUGAAAAGAGAGAACUUGUAUUACAACUAAGAAAAACCAUGGCAGAAACUAAAAGAAAUCGUCAACACAGACCCCAGACUCAGAACCAUCCGGAAUUUAAUAAUUAUUUUUUUUUAUUAUAA